AUGAACUCUCUGAACCAACAGUAUGAGGAGAAGGUGCGUCCCUGCAUUGACCUCAUUGACUCUCUUCGUUCUCUGGGUGUAGAGAAGGACUUGGCACUGCCCGCUAUCGCGGUGAUUGGAGACCAAAGUUCGGGGAAGAGCUCUGUGUUAGAGGCGCUGUCAGGGGUGGCUCUGCCAAGAGGAAGUGGCAUUGUGACAAGAUGUCCUCUCGAACUGAAGAUGAAAAGAAUGAAAGAGGGAGAGGAGUGGUAUGGAAAGAUAAGCUACCAGGAUCAGGAGGAAGAGAUAGAAGACCCUGCAGACGUGGAGAAAAAGAUUCGCGAAGCCCAGGAUGAAAUGGCCGGAGUCGGAGUUGGGAUCAGUGAUGACCUCAUCAGUCUGGAGAUCGCCUCUCCUGAUGUUCCAGACCUGACCCUCAUUGACCUGCCCGGCAUCGCCAGAGUGGCUGUAAAGGGACAACCAGAGAACAUUGGAGAUCAGAUAAAGAGACUGAUCCAGAAGUUCAUCACAAAACAAGAGACCAUGAACUUGGUGGUUGUUCCAUGCAACGUGGACAUAGCAAACACAGAGGCUUUGAAGAUGGCCCAGUUAGUGGAUCCUGAUGGAGAGAGGACUUUGGGUAUCUUGACCAAACCUGAUCUGGUGGACAAAGGCACAGAAGACACAGUGAUUGAUAUUACCCAUAAUGAGAUCAUCCACCUGAAGAAGGGCUACAUGAUCGUCAAGUGCAGAGGUCAGACGGAGAUUGCAGAGAAGGUGUUUCUUACUGAAGCAAUAGAAAGAGAGAAAGCCUACUUCAAAGAUCACGUGUAUUUCCACACUCUUUACAAUGACGGUCUUGCCACUGUUCCUAAACUGGCUGAGAAACUCACCCUGGAGACUCACCUUCCUUAUAGAUGUGAGUUCCCUCACUUUUACUUGGCUACAAAGACAAAAAACACCUGUAAACAACAGUUUUUGUUUUCUAAUGGGCUCCAGAAAAUGUCAGCUUUCAAUCAGGAUGCCCUCAGUCUGACUACAGGUGAGGAACUCAAGUGUGGAGUAAGGAUCAAUGUCUUUUCUACACUCAGAAGAGAGUUUGGGAAGUGGAACACCCAACUAGAGCAAUCAGGAGCAACAUUUAAUGACAGAAUUGAGACAGAGGUGGAAGAAUAUGAAGAGACAUACCGUGGAAGAGAACUGCCAGGCUUCAUCAACUACAAGACCUUUGAGCUCAUGGUCAAAGAGCAGAUUAAACAGCUGGAAGAACCAGCUGUCAAGAAACUCAAAGAUAUUGGAGAUGCUGUUAGGAAAGCAUUCAUACACCUGGCCCAAAGUAACUUCACUGGAUUUCCCAACCUUCUGAAAACAGCCAAGGCAAACAUUGAAGCCAUUAAGCAAGAAAAGGAGUCCAUAGCAGAGUCCACACUGAGAACUCAGUUCAAGAUGGAGCUGAUUGUUUACUCUCAGGACAGGACCUACAGCAGCAGUUUGAGUGAGGAGAAGAGGAGAGAAGACGAGGAAGAGGAAGAGGAGGAAGAGUAUAAUGAAAUCAAAAUCUUAGAUUACCAUGCCACACUGCAGCAGCUGAAGUUGCAUCUUAAAUCCUAUUACAAAAUUGCCAGUCAACGUCUGGCUGACCAGAUCCCACUUGUGAUCCGGUACCAGAUGUUGCAAGAGUCUGCUGUCCAGCUGCAGAGAGAGAUGCUGCAGGUGCUUCAGGACAAGGAGAAUAUGGAGUUUUUGCUGAAGGAGGAUUAUGACAUUGGCCACGAAAGGGCUGCUUUGCAGAGUCGCCUGGAGCGUCUCCAGAAGGCUCGUGCAUACCUGGUGGAGUUCUAG